ACAAAAUAUCGAACUUUUGAAAAAACAAAAAAUUACAGAGUCUCACUCCUUCUCACACUCACUAACAACAUGAACUCCAUGGCUCUAAAAUCUUUCGUUGGACUCCGACAAUCCUCCUUGGAAACCACCCCUUUCACCGUCCACCAGAAGCCCGCCACCAUCAACCUCCCCCAGAAGCUCAAGGUCAUUGCUGGAAAAACCAGUCCCAAGCUCCAAGGCCGGAACCUCCGCGUCGCAAUCAUCGGCGGAGGCCCUGCCGGGGGCUCUGCCGCGGAGACCCUAGCAAAGGGAGGCAUCGAAACGUUCCUAAUAGAACGGAAAAUGGAUAACUGCAAGCCGUGCGGGGGCGCCAUUCCGCUGUGCAUGGUGGGGGAGUUCGACCUGCCAUCAGACAUCAUCGACCGGCGCGUGACGAAGAUGAAGAUGAUAUCGCCGUCAAAUGUCGCAGUGGACAUUGGAAGGACCUUGAAGCCGCACGAGUACAUUGGAAUGGUGAGGCGUGAGGUUUUGGACGCGUACCUCAGAGAUAGGGCAAAAGAGAACGGUGCCACCAUUAUCAACGGAUUGUUCUUGAAGAUGGAUAUGCCUAAAGAUAAGAACUCACCUUAUUUGCUGCAUUAUUCUGGGUAUGAUGGUAAAACCGGUGGGAUUGGUGAGAAGAGAACACUGGAGGUCGAUGCUGUCAUUGGUGCCGAUGGGGCUAAUUCUAGAGUUGCUAAGGCCAUUGAUGCUGGUGACUAUGAAUAUGCCAUUGCAUUUCAGGAGAGGAUAAAGAUCCCGGAUGAUAAAAUGGUGUAUUAUGAAAAUCUUGCGGAGAUGUACGUCGGGGAUGAUGUAUCCCCAGAUUUCUACGGUUGGGUGUUUCCAAAAUGCGACCAUGUUGCAGUUGGGACAGGUACAGUGACACACAAAUCAGACAUCAAGAAAUUCCAGCUGGCAACACGAAAAAGAGCAGAGGACAAGAUCACUGGAGGCAAGAUCAUCCGAGUGGAGGCGCAUCCCAUCCCCGAACACCCCCGCCCCCGAAGAUUAUCGGGGAGGGUGGCCCUUGUGGGGGAUGCAGCCGGCUAUGUGACAAAAUGCUCCGGGGAAGGGAUCUAUUUCGCGGCGAAGAGUGGGAGAAUGUGCGCGGAGGCCAUUGUGGAAGGAUCGGAGAAUGGAAAGAGGAUGGUGGAUGAAGGGGAUUUGAGGAAGUACUUGGAGAAGUGGGACAAGACAUAUUGGCCGACGUAUAAGGUGUUGGAUGUGCUUCAGAAGGUGUUUUAUAGGUCGAAUCCGGCCAGGGAGGCGUUUGUGGAGAUGUGUGCUGAUGAAUAUGUUCAGAAGAUGACAUUUGAUAGCUAUUUGUAUAAGACAGUAGUGCCUGGGAAUCCAUUGGAGGAUAUCAAGUUGGCCAUUAACACCAUUGGGAGCUUGGUCAGAGCCAAUGCUAUCAGGAAGGAAAUGGACAAACUCAAUGUAUGAUCAGUCGUCAAUAGCUAUAUACUCAUUAUCUUUCCCCUAUAUAUCAUGUUCAUCAUUCUUUUUCUUUAACAGACAGGAUCUUGUUAUAUACAAGUGAUUAUAACUAUAAACAAUUGCUUUUAAGUUUCAUGCAAUCUAAUUACACCGAGGUUGGUUUUCCCUUA